AUGGCCUCCCAGUCCCCGGGUACCCCCGGCUCCUCAAAAAACCCCAGCAAGGAUGGGAAGGAGACGCCCCAGAAAAGCAACUUGCCGCUCUCCUUGCUCCACAUCCGCGACGUUAUGGAUCGCCGGCCCAGCAAGCUGCCCUGGGUAGACGUGGUCAGGGCCUGUGGCCGCUUCAGGCUGUCGCUCUUGCAGGCGCGGCGCGGCCGGCUGCUGCCCACGCUUAACCCCCUGGCCAUAGGCGAUGAAUCGCCACCGCCCGAUUCUCUUUGGAUGCCCUGGAUGGCCCAGAAGGUGUCAUGGGGUGACCAGGAGCCCCUCUCCAAGAUCCCAUUUAAAAUUAUGAGGGGGCACGAGCACAUUGUGACUUCCUGUAACUUCUGUGUGGAUGACGCUAAGGUCCUCAGCGGCUCCUAUGACUGCACCGUGAAGCUGUGGGAUGCUAUGGAUGGAUCCAUCGUUCGGGAAUUUGAGCCGGUGCCUGAAGGUCCUGUUUUAGAAUGCAGCGUCACGGCUGACAGCAGAAGAAUCAUUGCAACAUCUUAUGACAAAACAGUGAGGGCCUGGGACCUUGAAACAGGCAAGCUGCUGUGGAAGCUCGGUCAUGAAACCUUCAUAGUCUCUGCUAAGUUGUCCCCUGAUGGUAAAUACGUGGUCUUGGGCUUGGAUGUGGAUCAUGGAAUCUUUAUAAUAGAUGCAAAAGACUCCACCACCGUGUCCCAUAUCAAAGAUCCUCACAUGAUGACGCUCACCGCCUGCUGCUUUGACCCCGACAGUCAGAAGGUGGCUUCCGUCUCGUUUGACAGGAGCAUCAAGAUCUGGGAUGUGACGUCACAGGCCUCGCUGCUCACCAUCACCAAGGCACAUAACAAUGCCAUCUCAAACUGUUGUUUCACCUUCAGUGGCCAUUUCCUGUGUACAAGCUCCUGGGAUAAAACUUUGAAAAUAUGGAAUGUCCACACUGGGGAGUUUCGAAACCGUGGAGCCUGUGUGACUCUGAUGCAGGGCCAUGGAGGUUGUGUGAGCUCCUGCCACUUUGCCAGAGACACCUCUUUUCUCGUGUCUGGAGGGUUCGACAAGACCGUGGCUAUUUGGGAUGUAGAAGAAGGCUACCGGAAGCUCUCCUUGAAGGGCCAUAAUGACUGGGUGAUGGAUGUUUCCGUUAGCAACAACAAGAAAUGGAUCCUCUCUGCUUCAAAGGAUAGGACCGUGAGGCUAUGGAAUAUUGAAGAAAUUGACCAAAUUCCCUUGGUAAUUGAGCACAAAAAGACCCGGGGCUCAACGGUGAAACAGUGCGAAGAAUGUGACAGGCCUUUCUCCAUCUACGAAAGCGACAUCUUCUCUGAAACAGUCACCAAAUGUGUGUUCUGCCGGAUGAAUGCGACAGACUUGUCAACAGAGGCCUCACAGUCAUCAGAAGGGGAGCCCUCACUGUCAAGGGAGAGCAGCCCAGAUGAGGAAGGCUGA